UGGGAGGGACUGGGGUGGUCACUGGUGGUUAUUGGGGAGUCGCUGGGGUUACUGGGAGGUGCUGUGGUUUGGGGUGUCUGUGUGUCUCCGGGAAUGUCCCCCCAUGGUGUCCCUCAUGUCGCCACAACUGUCCCUGUGUCGCCCUGGGUUUCCCUGUGCCCCCCCUCGUGUGUGUCCCUGUGUCCUUCAGGUGUUCCUAUGUCCCCUACUGGUGUCCAUGUGUCCCCGGGAAUGUCCCCUAGGUGUCCCCCGGGUGUCUCUCUCCCCACUCUGUGUCACCGUGGGUGUCCCCAAGAUGUCCCUGUCCCCCUGCAUCCCCCCAUGGGUGUUCCCUGUGCCUCAUGUGUGUCCCUUGUGUGACCCCAGGGUGACUCCACAUUCUGCCCGUGGGUUCUUUCCCUUGGACAUCCCCACAGCUGUCCCUAUGUCCUUUACUGGUGCCUGAUGGAUGUCCCCAUGGAUGUCCCUGCAUCCUCAUGCCAUGUGCCUGUGUGUCCUAGCUGUCCCCACAGGUGUCCCUGUGUCCCCCCAUGUGCUCCCCACGGCUGUCCCCGUGUUUCUCCACAAUGUCCCUGUUCCCCCGUGGUUGCCUCUGGGUAUCCCCAUGUCCCCGUUUUCCCCCAGGACGAUGCCGGUGACCCUGGAACUGCGGCUCCUUCUGCUGGCGCUGGCGCUGCGGGGUGAGGCAGUGUCCCCCUCGGUGUCCCCCUCGGUGUCCCCUGCCGCGUCUCCCCCCGAGCCGCCCUCCGAGACGUGCGGGGCAGCGCUGGCCGAUGUGCUGCGGCGGCUGCGGGAGCUCGAGGGACACGUGCAGGCGCUGAGGGGACACUGCGGGGACACGGGGGGGCCCCAGGCCGGCACAGCCCCGCCCCCCCCGUGUCCCCGCGGCUGCAGUGACCAGGGCCGGUGCGAGCGCGGCCGCUGCCGCUGCUUCCCGGGCUUCAGCGGCCCCGACUGUGCCACCCCCGCCUGCGCUCCGGGCUGGGGCGGGGCCCGCUGCGACAUCGAGGUGCCCUGGGUGACACCACGGUUGGCCUCCCGCACCCCAACAUCCCUGCGCAUCACCUGGCCCCAGCCCCUCGUUCCUCCUGAUGGCUACCGGGUGACACUUGUCCCCCUGGAUGACCCUGUGGCCAUGACAACGCAUGAACUGCCCAGCUCUGCUGUCGCCUUCUCAGUGACAGGGCUGUCCCCAGGCCGCCCCUUCGAGCUGCUGGUCCAAGCCCGGCGGGGGCCGCAUCUGGGGGCACCAGGGGUCCUGCGUCUGCGCACAGCACUCAUCCCGCCUGUGCCCCACUAUGAGGGGUCCCCGGAGUCGCCUCAGGGCUCCCUGGGGUCCCCAGCAGUGGCACCAUCAGCCCGAGGGCCCCCAGAGUCCCCAGGAUCCCCAGGAUUGCUGGGGUCCCCAGGAUCACCAGUGUCACCCAUAUCACCAGACUUGUCCUUGGGGUCACCCACAUCUUUGGGGUCACCAGCAUCCCCCAAGGUUCCAGCAUCCCCAGUAGCUCGAGGGUCCCUGGGAUCCCCAGCAGCCUCAAGGUCAUCAGUGUCACCAGAAUACCCAGAGUCACCAGCAUCGCCAGAAUUCCCAGGGUCAUCAGUGUCACCAGAUUUCUCAGUGUCACCAGUGUCCCCAGAGUCCCCAGUUUUUCCAGGGUCCACUCCACCCUCAUGGUCCCCAGUGUCCCCACUGUCCCCAGGCAUCCCCUCCCUGCAGGACCUGGUGGCCCGGCUGUCCACGUACAGUGGAUCCCUGCUCCAGCGUCUCGAGAGUCACCUUAGGGCCACCAACUACCCACUCCGUGGCAACCAGACAGUGCCAGGGGUGGCCCGUGCCAUCCUGGCCUACAUCCUGCGCCGACACCCAGCCCUUGGGAGAGUACAGGGAUCCACAGGGGAGAGUGGAAACCAGGAGCCAGUGCCAGAAUGGGGGGACAUGGAUGGGGUGAAGCUGACAGAGCCAUGGAGAGACGUGGGGAAAACAGCUGCAGAGGAGCCAGAGGAACUGCCCCUGCCCUCAGAGGAGCAAAAACAUGAGAAACUUCAAACUGAGACCCCCCCAUCUGAUGCCCUCCCAGUGCAGGCAGUACUGGGGGAGCUGAGGGUCUCAAGCAUCAGCCCCAGCUCCCUGCAGUGGAGUGUCCCCAAGGGCUCCUUUGACUCCUUCACGCUGCAGUACCGGGAUGCCCAGGGCCAGCCCCAGGCCCUGCCCAUCGAUGGAGGGUCCCGCUCGGUGACGGUGCCAGGGCUGUCCCCGUCCCACCGGUACCGCUUCCACCUCUAUGGGCUGAGGGGCAGGAAGAAGGUUGACCAUGUCUCCACAGAAGUCAUGACAGCUCCAGCAGAGCCAGAGCUUCCCCUGCCCCCAGGGAAAUCCCAACAUGAAAAACAUCAAACGGAGUCCCCUGCAUCUGAGGCACCCCUUCUGCGGGCAGUGCUGGGGGAGCUGAAGGUCUCCAGUGUCACCCCAGACUCUGUGCAGCUGCAGUGGAGUGUCCCCGAGGGCUCCUUUGACUCCUUCACGCUGCAGUACCGGGAUGCCCAGGGCCAGCCCCAGGCCCUGCCCAUCGAUGGAGGGUCCCGCUCGGUGACGGUGCCGGGCUUGUCCCCGUCCCACCGGUACCGCUUCCACCUCUAUGGGCUGAGGGGCAGGAAGAAGAUUGACCAUGUCUCCACCGAGACUGUGACAGGCACAGAAGAGCCAGAGGAGUUGCCCCUGCCCUCAGAGGAGCAAAAACAUCCGAAACUUCAUACUGAGACCCCCCCAUCUGAUGCCCCACCAGUGCCAGUGGUGCUGGGGGAGCUGAAGGUCUCCAGUGUCACCCCAGACUCUGUGCAGCUGCAGUGGACUGUCCCUGGGGGCUCCUUUGACUCCUUCACGCUGCAGUACCGGGAUGCCCAGGGCCAGCCCCAGGCCCUGCCCAUCGAUGGAGGGUCCCGCUCGGUGACGGUGCCGGGCUUGUCCCCGUCCCACCGGUACCGCUUCCACCUCUAUGGGCUGAGGGGCAGGAAGAAGAUUGACCAUGUCUCUAUUGACAUUAUCACAGCUGCAGAAGAGCCAGAGGAACUGCCCCUGCCCACAGAGGAACCGCAGCAUGAGAAACCCCAAACUGAGGCACCCACAUCUGAGGCUGCUCCUGUGCAGGCGGUGCUGGAGGAUCUGAGGCCCAAGGGCUCCUUUGACUCCUUCACGCUGCAGUACCGGGAUGCCCAGGGCCAGCCCCAGGCCCUGCCCAUCGAUGGAGGGUCCCGCUCGGUGACGGUGCCGGGCUUGUCCCCGUCCCAUCGGUACCGCUUCCACCUCUAUGGGCUGAGGGGCAGGAAGAAGAUUGACCAUGUCUCCACCGAGGUCAUGACAGCUAGUGAAGAACCCUUGGCCUCAGAGGAGCCCAAGCAGGAGAAGCCGCAAACUGAGUCCCACGUGUCUGAGGCACUCCCAGCUCGAGCAGUGUUGGGGGAGCUGAAGGUGCUGGAGGAUCUGAGGGUCUCCAGUGUCACCCCAGACUCUGUGCAGCUGCAGUGGAGUGUCCCCAAGGGCUCCUUUGACUCCUUCACGCUGCAGUACCGGGAUGCCCAGGGCCAGCCCCAGGCCCUGCCCAUCGAUGGAGGGUCCCGCUCGGUGACGGUGCCGGGCUUGUCCCCGUCCCAUCGGUACCGCUUCCACCUCUAUGGGCUGAGGGGAGGCAAAAGGAUUGACCAUGUCUCUACCGACACUGUCACAGCUACUGAAGAACACUUGCCCUCAGAGGAGCCCAAGUGGGAGAAGCCCAAAACCAAAUCCCAUGUAUCUGAGGCACCCCCAGUGCGACCAGUGUUGGGAGAGCUGAAGGUCUCCAGUGUCACCCCCAGCUCCGUGGGGCUGCAGUGGAGCGUCCCUGAGGGGUCCUUUGACUCCUUCAUGCUGCAGUACCGGGAUGCCCAGGGCCACCCCCAGGCCCUGCCAAUCGAUGGUGGAUCCCACUCAGUGACAGUGCCAGGCUUGUCCCCAUCCCACCAGUACCGCUUCCACCUCUAUGGGCUUAGGGGCAGGAAGAAAAUUAACCAUGUCUCCACUGAAGUCCUGACAGCUGCAGAAGAGCCAGAGGAACUGCCCCUGCCCACAGAAGAACCGCAGCAUGAGAAACCCCAAACUGAGGCACCCACAUCUGAGGCUGCUCCUGUGCAGGCAGUGCUGGAGGAUCUGAGGGUCUCCAGUGUCACCCCAGACUCUGUGCAGCUGCAAUGGAGUGUGCCCAAGGGCUCCUUUGACUCCUUCACGCUGCAGUACCGGGAUGCCCAGGGCCAGCCCCAGGCCCUGCCCAUCGAUGGAGGGUCCCGCUCGGUGACGGUGCCGGGCUUGUCCCCGUCCCAUCGGUACCGCUUCCACCUCUAUGGGCUGAGGGGAGGCAAAAGGAUUGACCGUAUCUCUACCGACACUGUCACAGGUGAGGCAGAAAGUCAAGAAGGGUGCAAGGAUACAGAAAUGGAGGCACCAAUGGUUCCCAUUCCCAUGCCCACCAGCGAGCAGCCAUUGACUCAGCACCAUCUGCUCAACCAUCAACCCUUCCAACAAACUGUUGACUGGGACCUUCUAUCAUCCAUCAUCCACCAUCCACCAUCAUCCAUCAGCAGCAGCAGCAAUCCUUCAAUAAUCCAUUGUCAUCCAUUAUCUUCAUCAACUGUGUAUCACCAUCAUCAGCAUCCAUCUGUUAUCAUUCAUCCAUCUAUCCUUCCAUACUUCCCUCCUCAUCUGUCCCUCAAGGAUGGAUUCAAUGAUGGAUCUAGAGAAGAACCCUUGGCCUCAGAGGUGCCCCAGCAGGAGAAGCCCAAAACCGAGUCCACUGCAACUGAGGCACUCCCAGCUCGAGCGGUGUUGGGGGAGCUGAAGGUCUCCAGUGUCACCCCCCACUCUGUGCAGCUGCAGUGGAGUGUCCCUGAGGGCUCCUUUGACUCCUUCACGCUGCAGUACCGGGAUGCCCAGGGCCAGCCCCAGGCCCUGCCCAUCGAUGGCGCGUCUCGCUCGGUGACGGUGCCAGGCUUGUCCCCGUCCCAUCGGUACCGCUUCCACCUCUGUGGUCUGCGUGGAGGCAAAAGGAUUGACCGUGUCUCUACCGACGCUGUCACAGCUGCAGAAGAGCCAGAGGAACUGCCCCUGACCACAGAGGAACCGCAGCAUGAGAAACCCCAAACUGAGGCACCCACAUCUGAGGCUGCUCCUGUGCAGGCAGUGCUGGAGGAUCUGAGGGUCUCCAGUGUCACCCCAGACUCUGUGCAGCUGCAAUGGAGUGUGCCCAAGGGCUCCUUUGACUCCUUCUUGCUGCAGUACCGGGAUGCCCAGGGCCAGCCCCAGGCCCUGCCCAUCGAUGGAGGGUCCCGCUCGGUGACGGUGCCGGGCUUGUCCCCGUCCCAUCGGUACCGCUUCCACCUCUAUGGGCUGAGGGGCAGGAAGAAGAUUGACCAUGUCUCCACCGAGGUCAUGACAGCUAAAGAGGAAGGUGCAGAAGAGCCAGAGGAACUGCCCCUGCCCACAAAGGAACCGCAGCAUGAGAAACCCCAAACUGAGGCACCCACAUCUGAGGCCGCUCCUGUGCAGGCGGUGCUGGAGGAUCUGAGGGUCUCCAGUGUCACCCCAGACUCUCAUCAUGUCCCUGAGGGCUCCUUUGACUCCUUCUUGCUGCAGUACCGGGAUGCCCAGGGCCAGCCCCAGGCCCUGCCCAUCGAUGGAGGGUCCCGCUUGGUGACGGUGCCGGGCUUGUCCCCGUCUCAUCGGUACCGCUUCCACCUCUAUGGGCUGAGGGGCAGGAAGAAGAUUGACCAUUUCUCCUCCGAGGUCAUGACAGCUAAAGAGGAAGGUGGGGUGGAUGUUUGGAUGAAGUAUAAUGCAUAUGUGGAGACAUGGAGGGAUCAAGGGAUGGAUGAAUCAUACCGGGAUGCCCAGGGCCAGCCCCAGGCCCUGCCCAUCGAUGGAGGGUCCCGCUUGGUGACGGUGCCGGGCUUGUCCCCGUCUCAUCGGUACCGCUUCCACCUCUAUGGGCUGAGGGGCAGGAAGAAGAUUGACCAUUUCUCCUCCGAGGUCAUGACAGCUAAAGAGGAAGCUGCAGAAGAGCCAGAGGAACUGCCCCUGACCACAGAGGAGCCGCAGCAUGAGAAACCCCAAACUGAGGCACCCACAUCUGAGGCUGCUCCUGUGCAGGCAGUGCUGGAGGAUCUGAGGGUCUCCAGUGUCACCCCAGACUCUGUGCAGCUGCAAUGGAGUGUGCCCAAGGGCUCCUUUGACUCCUUCACGCUGCAGUACCGGGAUGCCCAGGGCCAGCCCCAGGCCCUGCCCAUCGAUGGAGGGUCCCGCUCGGUGACGGUGCCGGGCUUGUCCCCGUCCCAUCGGUACCGCUUCCACCUCUAUGGGCUGAGGGGCAGGAAGAAGAUUGACCAUGUCUCCACCGAGGUCAUGACAGCUGCAGAAGAGCCAGAGGAACUGCCCCUGACCACAGAGGAACCGCAGCAUGAGAAACCCCAAACUGAGGCACCCACAUCUGAGGCUGCUCCUGUGCAGGCAGUGCUGGAGGAUCUGAGGGUCUCCAGUGUCACCCCAGACUCUGUGCAGCUGCAAUGGAGUGUGCCCAAGGGCUCCUUUGACUCCUUCACGCUGCAGUACCGGGAUGCCCAGGGCCAGCCCCAGGCCCUGCCCAUCGAUGGAGGGUCCCGCUCGGUGACGGUGCCGGGCUUGUCCCCGUCCCACCGGUACCGCUUCCACCUCUAUGGGCUGAGGGGCAGGAAGAAGAUUUACCAUGUCUCCACCGAGGUCAUGACAGCUGCAGAAGAGCCAGAGGAACUGCCCCUGACCACAGAGGAACCGCAGCAUGAGAAACCCCAAACUGAGGCACCCACAUCUGAGGCUGCUCCUGUGCAGGCAGUGCUGGAGGAUCUGAGGGUCUCCAGUGUCACCCCAGACUCUGUGCAGCUGCAGUGGAGUGUCCCCAAGGGCUCCUUUGACUCCUUCACGCUGCAGUACCGGGAUGCCCAGGGCCAGCCCCAGGCCCUGCCCAUUGAUGGAGGGUCCUGCUCGGUGACGGUGCCAGGGCUGUCCCCGUCCCACCGGUACCGCUUCCACCUCUAUGGGCUGAGGGGAGGCAAAAGGAUUGACCGUGUCUCUACCGACACUGUCACAGGCACAGAAGAGCCAGAGGAGUUGCCCCUGCCCUCAGAGGAGCAAAAACAUCCGAAACUUCAUACUGAGACCCCCCCAUCUGAUGCCCCACCAGUGCCAGUGGUGCUGGGGGAGCUGAGGGUCUCCAGUGUCACCCCAGACUCUGUGCAGCUGCAGUGGAGUGUCCCCAAGGGCUCCUUUGACUCCUUCACGCUGCAGUACCGGGAUGCCCAGGGCCAGCCCCAGGCCCUGCCCAUCGAUGGAGGGUCCCGCUCGGUGACGGUGCCGGGCUUGUCCCCGUCCCAUCGGUACCGCUUCCACCUCUAUGGGCUGAGGGGAGGGAAAAGGACUGACCGUGUCUCUACUGACACUGUCACAGCUAGUGAAAAACACUUGCCCUCAGAGGAGCGCCACCCAGAGAAGCCCAAAACUGAGUCCCCUGCAUCUGAGGCACUCCCAGCUCGAGCGGUGCUGGGGGAGCUGAAGGUCUCCAGUGUCACACCUGAGUCUGUGCAGCUGCAGUGGACCCCCGUGCUGGAGGAUCUGAGGGUCUCCAGUGUCACCCCAGACUCUGUGCAGCUGCAGUGGAGUGUCCCCAAGGGCUCCUUUGACUCCUUCACGCUGCAGUACCGGGAUGCCCAGGGCCAGCCCCAGGCCCUGCCCAUUGAUGGAAGGUCCCGACUGGUGACAGUGCCAGGCUUGUCCCCAUCCCACCGGUACCGCUUCCACCUCUAUGGGCUGAGGGGCAGGAAGAAGAUUGACCAUGUCUCCACUGAGGUCAUGACAGCUGCAGAAGAGCCAGAGGAACUGCCCCUGCCCACAGAGGAACCGCAGCAUGAGAAACCCCAAACUGAGGCACCCACAUCUGAGGCUGCUCCUGUGCAGGCAGUGCUGGAGGAUCUGAGGGUCUCCAGUGUCACCCCAGACUCUGUGCAGCUGCAGUGGAGUGUCCCCAAGGGCUCCUUUGACUCCUUCACGCUGCAGUACCGGGAUGCCCAGGGCCAGCCCCAGGCCCUGCCCAUCGAUGGAGGGUCCCGCUCGGUGACGGUGCCAGGGCUGUCCCCAUCCCAUCGGUACCGCUUCCACCUCUAUGGGCUGAGGGGAGGGAAAAGGAUUGACCGUGUCUCUACCGACACUGUCACAGCUAGUGAAGAACCUUUGCCCUUAGAGGAGCCCCAAGAGGAGAAGCUGCGGACCGAAUCCCCUGCAUCUGAGGCACUCCCGGCGCGAGCAGUACUGGGAGAGCUGAAGGUCUCCAGUGUCACACCCAACUCUGUGCAGCUGAAGUGGAGUGUCCCUGAGGGCUCCUUUGACUCAUUUACACUGCAAUACCGGGAUGCCCAGGGCCAGCCCCAGGCCCUGCCCAUUGAUGGCGAGUCCCGCUCAGUGAUGGUGCCAGGGCUGUCGCCAUCCUACCGCUACCACUUCCACAUCUAUGGGCUGAGGGGCAGGAAGAGGAUUGACCAUGUCUCCACCAAGGUCUUGACAGGUAAAGGGGAAGCCGACCCCGAGGAUCUGCCUUCACCCUCAAUGGACCCCACAAAUGAGGCCUCCACAAUCACAACUGAAGCCCCCAUAGCUGAGGACCACAAACCCGAGCACCCCCGAACUGAGGCCCCCUUGGCACGGGCAGUGUUGGGAGAGCUGAAGGUCUCCAGUGUCACACCCAACUCUGUGCAGCUGCAGUGGACUGUCCCCAGGGGCUCCUUUGACUCCUUCUUGCUGCAGUACCGGGAUGCCCAGGGCCAGCCCCAGGCCCUGCCCAUCGAUGGAGGGUCCCGCUCGGUGACGGUGCCGGGCUUGUCCCCGUCCCAUCGGUACCGCUUCCACCUCUACGGGAUGCACAGAGGGAAAAGAAUUGGCCACGUUUCCAUUGAUGCCAUCACAGCACUUUCCUUGUCUGGCAUCAUGCAGUCAGCAAUCAACCCUUCCACUGACCUAUUGAACAACACACGCCAUCAAUCUAUCAUCAUCAUCAUCCAUCAUGAUGAUUCAUCAUCAUCAAUCAUCAUCAACUAUCCAUCAGCCACAGACAAGCCAGAGGAGCCACCCUCACCAUCAGAGGAGCCAUCCCCAACAUCAGAGAAGCCCCAAAGUGAAGCACCACCAACUGAGGACCAACUUGAGCAGCUCCAAACUGAGCUCCCCCCGGUGCGGGCAGUGCUGGAGGAUCUGAGGGUCACCAGUGUCACCCCAGACUCUGUGCAGCUGCAGUGGAGUGUCCCCAAGGGCUCCUUUGACUCCUUCACGCUGCAGUACCGGGAUGCCCAGGGCCAGCCCCAGGCCCUGCCCAUCGAUGGAGGGUCCCGCUCGGUGACGGUGCCGGGCUUGUCCCCGUCCCAUCGGUACCGCUUCCACCUCUAUGGGCUGAGGGGAGGCAAAAGGACUGACCGUGUCUCCACUGACAUUGUCACAGCUGCAGCCAAGCCAGAGGAACUGCCCUUGCCCUCAGAAGAGCCCGAAACUGAGGCCAUCUCAUCUGAUGCCCUGCCAGCGCAGGCGGUGCUGGAGGAUCUGAGGGUCUCCAGUGUCACCCCAGACUCUGUGCAGCUGCAGUGGAGUGUCCCCAAGGGCUCCUUUGACUCCUUCACGCUGCAGUACCGGGAUGCCCAGGGCCAGCCCCAGGCCCUGCCCAUCGAUGGUGGAUCCCGCUCAGUGACAGUGCCAGGGCUGUCCCCGUCCCAUCGGUACCGCUUCCACCUCUACGGAUUGCAAGGUGGGAAAAGGACUGACCGCGUGUCCACCGAUGUCACCACAGAUGCAGCAGUGCCAGAGCAGCUGCCCCUACCCUCAGUGGAGCCCCAGCCUGAAGAACACAAACCUGAGCAACCCCAAACUGAGCAGCCGCAAACUGAGCAGCCCCAAACUGAGGCUGACCAGGGACAGGUGGUGCUGGGGAAGUUGAGGGUCACCAGUGUCACCCCAGACUCUGUGCAGCUGCAGUGGAGUGUCCCCAAGGGCUCCUUUGACUCCUUCACGCUGCAGUACCGGGAUGCCCAGGGCCAGCCCCAGGCCCUGCCCAUCGAUGGAGGGUCCCGCUCGGUGACGGUGCCGGGCUUGUCCCCGUCCCACCGGUACCGCUUCCACCUCUAUGGGCUGAGGGGCAGGAAAAGGACUGACCGUGUCUCCACCGAUGUUGUCACAGCCGACCCCGAGGAUCUGCCUUCACCCUCAAUGGACCCCACAAAUGAGGCCCCCACAGCUGAAGUUCACCAAACUGCACAUCCCCAAGCUGAGGCCCCUCCAUCUGAGGCCCCCUUGGCACGGGCAGUGUUGGGAGAGCUGAAGGUCUCCAGUGUCACACCCAACUCUGUGCAGCUGCAGUGGACUGUCCCCAGGGGCUCCUUUGACUCCUUCUUGCUGCAGUACCGGGAUGCCCAGGGCCAGCCCCAGGCCCUGCCCAUCGAUGGAGGGUCCCGCUCGGUGACGGUGCCGGGCUUGUCCCCGUCCCAUCGGUACCGCUUCCACCUCUAUGGGCUGAGGGGAGGGAAAAGGAUUGACCACGUCUCCACUGAGGCCACCACUGGUGCCCCAGGGACCCUCUGGGUGGGCUCUGUGUGGCCCCGCAGUGCCUGGCUGCACUGGGACUCCCCACACGCCCCCCCUGAUGGCUAUGAGCUGCAGUAUGGCCCCCCCGGGGGGGCCCAGCAGACCCUGUGGCUGCCUCCCGAGGCUACGUCGCAGCAGCUCUGGGGGCUGGAGCCGGCGGGACGCUAUGAGGCGCGGCUGUGGGGCCGAGGGGGAGACCCCCAAACUGCCCCCCUCGAGGCCACCUUUGGCACUCCCCCCCUCCCGCACCCACAUCCCCGGGACUGCGCCGAGGAGCAGCUGAACGGGCCGGGCCCCUCGCGGGAGACCCUCAUCUUCCUCCGGGGGGACCCCGCCCGACCCCUCAGGGUCUUCUGUGACAUGGAGACGGACGGCGGCGGCUGGCUGGUGGGACUGGGAGCACUGGGGCGCUGCUGGGGGCAGCUCCCGCAGGGCUUUAUAGGAGGAUAUAUGGAGUUCUGGAGGGAAAUGACGUUCUGGAGGGAAAUGAGGGGUUUGGGGGCAACUGGGGGUCCUGCAGGAGCUGCUGGGGGGCACGGGGAGAGGCACUCCACAAAUUUAAAAAACGGGGAAUUUGAGGAGAGCCAGCUCCUGAGGCAGCAGCGGGGGGUACUCGGUGGGACCCCAGAACUGGGGGGCUCCCCAGGGGUCCGAGGGGGGACUCGUGGGAUCCAGGGGAGGCCCAGUAUUUCAGGGGGAGUAUUGCAGGAGCUGGGGGGAACGAGGGAACUCGAGGGGACCCCGCAGGAGUUCUGGGGGGUACCGAACGAUUUUUUGGGGGCAGGCAACGAGGCGCUGCACGAGCUGACGGCCGCGACCCCCACGGAGCUGCGCAUUGACCUGCGGACCGCCCGCGACUCCGCCUUCGCCAUCUAUCGCGACUUCGCUGUCGGCAGCGCCGGGGAGCGAUACCGGCUCCGAGUAGGAGCGUUCAGCGGCACCGCCGGGGACGCCCUCUCCUACCACUCGGGCAGCCCCUUCUCCACACGGGAACGGGACCCCCCCCCCACCUGCCACUACGCCAACCUGAACGGGCUCUACGGGACCCCCCGGGACCACCAGGGCAUCCACUGGUUCCCCUGGAAAGGCUUCAACGUCUCCAUCCCCUUCACCGAGAUGAAGCUGCGGCCCCAGCACAGGGGCUGAGGGGGCUGGGGGGGUCCGCAGACUGCUGGGGAUCCCAGAGUCUGGGGGCCCCUGGGUGCUGGGGGGUGCCAGGUGGGAUUUGGGGGGGCUCAAAGGUGAAACUUGUAUUGGUGGGUAAUAAAAGUUGA